GCUAUUUGGAUAUUUUACUAUCCGAAGCGUGACUUCACCCGGGAAACCCAUCAAAGUCAAGAGCGCAUUGUUACAAAACGACGACUUACUGUAAAACGUAUUUUGACGCUAAUGAAUUUUACAUUAUAUAUUAAAAUGUAUUCUAAUUCAAAACAAUGACUAAAGUCAAAGUGGCAUUAUAAUGUAAGAUAAAAAAAAAAUAAAAACUUGAAAAGGGCUGAAUAUGAACAGCCAUUUCCAGAUCACUUGAAAUGUUCUUGUGAGUGAUUGAGACAAUCAAAGCAACGAGGGCCAGGAUUUGGUGUGACAGGAUCUUAGGGAGUUAACAAUAACAAAUCAUUAAUUCGUUGAGAAUACUAUUACAACAGAGAUUAUUCAAAACAGUCGUGGCGGACAAACUUGACCCCUGGCUAUCGCUCUAUCACACGCCAAAAAUCCCACGCGGCUAAACACCUCGGCUGAUAUCGAUACAAUUAUAUCUCUUAACUUUCAAUUGCCUUCAGCUGAAGGACUGCUCUUUAAAGAAGACGUUUUUAAAGCAGAUUACUGAGCUUUUGUAUGCGCUUAGUUAAACAAGAUGGAAGUUGAUGAGGUUCUGAUCCAUGUGGGGCAGUUCGGUAGGUCGCAAUGGCGAGUUCUUGGCAUGUUUUUGUUUAUCUUUUUCCCGGUAACGUACCAAACCCUUAUCAUGGUCUUCGUGGCCUAUGAGCCGCCUUGGAUGUGCACGGCGAACAGCUCCUCGUGUCUUCUACCUAACGCUACGGGCCGUGAAGUUUACAGCACUGCAACCAAACCCAUCUCCCUGUACCAGCGGAGAUGUCAACUUAACAGAAGUGAAUGGAAAUUCGCUGAUGAAGAUAUGUACGAGGGGCCGGUCAAUACUAUCGUUACUGAGUUCGACCUUGUCUGCGAGCGCGGAUUCCUGGCAUGGCUGGCCAACUCCAUGUUGUUCUGUGGCUGGGCAUUAGGCGCUAUCGUCCUGGGUAUCAUCGCGGACAAGUUCGGUCGCAAGAGCGUGCUCUUCCCAGCUGUAUUUUUCAUUAUCACCGUCACCUUCGCCAUGUCUUUCGUGGAGCAAGCAUGGCUAGUCAUUCUCUUUAGGUUCGUGGUUGGCGUUUUUGAGGCCGGAUGCUUAUCCAUGUUCGUGCUAUCCACGGAGCUUGUGGGGCCGAAGCACCGCGCGCUGGCUGGGACUAUGGUCUGGUUCUACUUCACGGCAGCCUUGCUCGCGAUUGGCCUAAAGGCAUACUUCAUUCGUGACUGGAGUAUGCUUUGUAUAGCCUCAACGGCGCCUUAUAUAUUCGUCCUGUUCCUUUACAAGUGCGUCCCGGAGUCUGUUCGAUGGCUAUUAGUAGCUGGACGCGAACCAGAAGCUCGCAAAAUUAUCGAGGAUGUCGCGCGCGUCAACAAGAAACAGAUGCCGGAGACGGAACUCCGCGUACCGAAGAUUGCGUCUAACAAAGGCGUAAUAGAGCUGUUCAGGACAAGGAAGCUUGCGAUACUAACACUGAUUCAAUGUUAUGCUUGGUUUGUGAAUGGCAUGGUUUACUAUGGCGUCUCUAUGAGCUCUGGUGACUUUGGAGGAAGCAUCUACUUGAACUUUGUCCUCACCAGCCUGGUGGAAAUUCCAGGAAACUGGCUCGUCAUCGAUAACUGUAACAGGUUUGGUCGCAAGAAGACCGUCGUAGCGCACAUGAUCCUGGGGGCGAUAGCAUGUGUCUCCGUCUCGUUUAUCCCAGACGGUACCGACAAUAUAGCCUUCAUCGCUGGUCGAGUGACGGGAGGGACACUAGGCAAGCUGUUCAUCACCUGCUCAUUCAACUCUAUUUAUGUUUUUUCUGCGGAACUCUUCCCCACAAUGGUCAGGAAUAGCGGCAUGGGUCUGGUAUCGGUGACCAGUAGGUUCGGGGCGGCAUCCGCGCCGUUUGUUGUUCAGAUGACGAGGAUCAACACUGUGCUUCCUUUCGCUCUCAUGGGCUCUCUUACCUUCAUUGCCGCCGUGGCGUGCUGGUUUCUCCCGGAGACGAGAGGCAAGCCCACCCAAGAAGUCAUGGAUGACACGGACAGGACAAGACACAAGGGGGAGGUUUUGUUUGACGAGAAACCUGGGCGCGGUCAAAAGGACGUGGAAGAUUUGCCACAUGAUAAUGAAAACGUCGCCAAAGACGGGGAAGAUGAGAGUGGCAUUAAACUUUUGUCCGUUAAUCCAAGCGUGUAAAGCCGCCUUUACCGUGGCAAAGGAAACGGGAGAGUAGGCGUAGAUUUGAGACGCGCGUUAAAAACAGCGCAAAAGAGAAGCAUGCGGAGGAAGAAACGGAGCGGAUUCGUUCCUUUCGUCUUCCCUUGCGUCUCCUUCGCACUCAUUUUCAUACACGAAAUAAGUGUCUUGAGUCUCAGCUUCUAAGUCUCAAAAGUACAAGACGAAACUGGCAUUUGAACCAAGUGAUGGGUACCUCAAGAAUCACCGUCUCACCGACCAACGAGUCUAAUUUUUGGAAUUCGACCGCAACAUUGCUAAGAGACCUCGGACCCAGUAUUUUGAUAGAAGAGACAAUUGUUUCAUUGGAAUGUUAUUAAAGCUUUAUUAUUAUUA